AAAACUCACUUUCACUGCACCUUGUGGUUUAUGUUCCUCACUGUCUUUAGACAUAUUAUUUUACUUGUGUUUACUUUUGAUCAUAGAGUUUUAAUUAAACAUUACAGAUCUUACUGUACGGAGCAACGCGGCCUCGUUACUAACACAUCACUUCUGUUAUAAUAAACAGCAGAAUUUACACCGCAAGCGCGCAAAUAUAGCAUAUAAUGACAAUAAACUUAAUUAAACUAAACCUUUUAAGCUUGCACCCGUUUCCCCUGCCCCUUACACACAGUGGAGCAUUUUGGAUAUAAACAUAAGUUUGUGCUCGUGCAGCCCUGUUUGAUCUCCGCGGUGUUUAAUAUGAAAUGCAUCGUGACGAUUUCGGCUCUGUCUGAUGGAGACUGAUGUCAUGUUGGGAAUAAAAGGUAACGGUGAUAAACAAUAAGGUGAAGAAAAUCAGUGUCGGUGACUCUGGGUAUUAGGCUAAAGCUAGCGGCGUCGCAUUACAUAUGACGUCAUGCGUCGUCGACUAGGAAGCGGCUUAUACUUCCGGUUAGUAAAAACCGCUGGUGUUCCAUUUCAGAUGAUAUUACCUUUCUAAAAUCCACACACUAGACGGUAGAGUACACGGUACAUAUUGUAAUUGUAUAGCACAUCAUUUGGGACACAACUUUAGUUUUUACUCCCCGAAGCGUGUUUUUGAAACAGAAGUAACGUAAUGAGUAAAUGCACCUCGUGCCGCGCAGACCGACUAAUCCAUAAUGAGAUUCAUUACAACGAUUUUCAUCAUCGAUUAUUAUCGAUUAGUUGUUGCAGCUCUAAUAUAAAGAUCUAUAUUCAGUAUUUCUCUGUUAUUAGUGAUGAGAAAUCGUGUAAGUUAGGUCAACUGUCUUGUUCAUCUAAAAAAUUAUAAGUAACAGUAGGUUUGGCAUUAGUAAAAUUGGGCUGCAGUCGAUGGAAUUACGUUACAAAUCUAAAAUUACAAAGCUGUUACACUUAUUAAAGAUGUACCACUGCUCAGACUGUGGGAAGAGUUUUACCCGUCAGAGUAAUCUCCAACGACACAAGCGCGUUCACACAGGAGAAAAGCUGUAUCACUGUGGACAGUGUGAGAAGAGUUUUACUUGUCAGAGUACUCUCCAAAUACACGAGCGCAUUCACACAGGAGAGAAGCCGUAUCACUGUGGACAGUGUGAGAAGAGUUUUACUUGUCAGCAUAAUCUCCAACGACACGAGCGCAUUCACACAGGAGAGAAGCCGUAUCACUGUGGACAGUGUGAGAAGAGUUUUACUUGUCAGCGUAACCUCCAACGACACGAGCGCAUUCACACAGGAGAGAAACCGUAUUACUGUGGACAGUGUGGGAAGAGUUUUACUUGUCAGAGUACUCUCCAAAUACACGAGCGCAUUCACACAGGAGAGAAGCCGUAUCACUGUGGACAGUGUGGGAAGAGUUUUACUUGUCAGAGUACUCUCCAACAACACGAGCGCAUUCACACAGGAGAGAAGCCGUAUCACUGUGGACAGUGUGAGAAGAGUUUUACUUGUCAGAGUAAUCUCCAACGACACGAGCGCAUUCACACAGGAGAGAAGCCGUAUCAUUGUGGACAGUGUGGGAAGAGUUUUACUUGUCAGAGUAAUCUCCAAAUACACAAGCACAUUCACACAGGAGCGAAGCCGUAUCACUGUGGACAGUGUGAGAAGAGUUUUAUUCAAGAAAGUAGUCUCCAAAUACACGAGCGCAUUCACACAGGAGAGAAGCUGUAUCACUGUGGACAGUGUGAGAAGAGUUUUACUUGUCAGAGUAAUCUCCAACAACACGAGCGCAUUCACACAGGAGAGAAGCCGUAUCACUGUGGACAGUGUGGGAGGAGUUUUACCCGUCGUAGUCAUCUCCAACGACACAAGCGCAUUCACACAGGAGAGAAGCCGUAUCACUGUGGACAGUGUGAAAAGAGUUUUACCCGUCAGAGUCAUCUCCAACGACACGAGCGCAUUCACACAGGAGAGAAGCCUGAUAAAAUCUUUUGUUGAGUUGGCAGGUUGUUUUGGAUCACUGUCUUGCUGCAUGAUAAAUUUCUUCCCAAUUCAUUUGUUAUGUUUGAUAUGUUAGGCAGCAAGUGAACAGUCAGUUCUCGAAGUUGAUGUAUUGGAAGCAGGAAAAAUAGGCAAGCGUAAGGAUCUGAGCAACUUUGUCAAGGGCCAAAUUAUGAAUGCUAGACAACUGGGUCAGAGCAUCUCCAAAACAACAGGUCUUCUGGGGAGUUCCGGGUAUGCAGUGGUCAGUACCUACCAAUAGUAGUCCAAGGAAGGACAACCGGUGAACCAGCGACGGGGUCAUGGACGCCCAAGUCUCAUUGAUGCGCGUGGGGAGCAAAGGCUAGCCCAUCUGAUCCACUCUCACAGAAGAGCUACUGUAGCACAAAGUGCUGAAAAAGUUAAUGCUGGCUAUGAUAGAACGGUGUCAGAACAUUCAGUGCAUCUCAGCUUGCUGCUUAUGGGGCUGCAUAGCUGCAGAGCAGUCAGAGUGCCCAUGCUGACCCCUGCCCACCACCAAAAGUGCCUACAAUGGGCAUGUGAGCAUCAGAACUGGACCAUGGAGCAAUGGAAGAAGUUAACCCUAACCCUAACCCUGGUCUGAUAAAUCACAUUUUCUUUGACAUCAUGUGGAUGUAAAACACACCAUGGAUCCACUAUGGGAAGAAAGCAAGCCAGAGUGUGCAAGCAAUGUGAUAGUCUGGGCAAUGUUCUCUGGGAAACCUUGGUUCCUGGCAUUCAUAUGGAUGUUACUUUGACACGUACCACCUACUUAAACAUUGUUACAGACCAAGUACACCUUAAUGGCCUUAACAGCAGCAGGAUACUCUAAUGUCAGUGGCCUCUUUCAGCAGGAUAACGCGCCCUGCCACAAUUUCAGGAAUAAUUUGAGCAACAUGACAAAGAAUUCAAUGUGUAGACUUGGCCUCCAAAUUCCCCAGAUCUCAAUCUGAUUGAGCAUCUGUGGGAUAUGCUGGACAAACAAGUCUGAUCCAUGGAGGCCCCACCUCGCAAGAUACAGGACUUGCUGCUAAUGUCUUAGUGCCAGAUACCACAGCACACCUUCAGAGGUCUAGUGGAGUCCAUGUCUCAACAGAGGUGGUUUUUUUGGCACAAGGGGGACCAACACAAUAUUAAGCAGGUGGUUAUUGGCUGAUCGGUGUAUGAGUAUAGAGAAAUGUAGUGAUGUUUCAAAAUGUAGUGAGUACAAAGUAGAGUUUUUUGUUUUUUUUUCAAAUGUAGUAAGCAAAAUUCAAAAGCAUUAAGUGAAAGAAUUGCAUUAAGAAAAAAGUAUUAAGUGUAGAUAAUUAAUGAUAAGACUUAAGUACUGUAGCAAUGUAAUUGUACUUUGUUGUUUCCCUGAUAUGUUGGUCAGAUAUUUGGGCGGUGGUCCAUUCCCUGUAUAGUAGUGAUACUGACAUGAUAGUCACGGCACAUUGUAUUGUACUGGUACGACUGUUUAGGCCCUGUAUACUUUGUGUUUCAACCUUGUUUGUGUGCAGUUAUAGACAGAGUGAUAAGUAGUACCAGUAGAUAAAGUAGAUGGAUCACAAGGAUAAAUUUGGGAUAAUAAUGUGCCUUAGUUAGAGAGACUAAUGUGUGCUAAUCCUUCUCUAGCACUUCUUUUUUUUUGGUAAUUUGCCAGUUCCCAUGCACUAGCUAGCUCUCGCCUAUUACACAGCAACUACCAGCCAGGGAGGGGGAAGACCAGCAUGUGCUUCCUCAAAGAAACUGCAUCUUUACAAACUGUUCAUCACAUGACAGCUGAAUACGCUCAGAGGAAAGUGCUAACUUGUGAAUACAUGACUUCACUGAUGCCCAUGAUCGGCUAGCUUCACACUGAUUGACAGGUCAGAAAAUAAUGCCUUCCCUCCCUUCCAGAGAGCAUGGCCAGUUUUGCUUUCUUAGACUCCUGGCCAUGGAGGGCUGUGGCAUCAUCAGGAUCAAGAUUUUCUUGUUAGCUGUAUAUUUUUGGUUGCUGGACUGACCACUAAGUUGGCACUACCAUGUCAGUGUUGCUGGUUUACCGAAAAUGAUCUCUCAUGGUUGAGGGUGAGCUGACAAAAUGUGCAUAGUCAUAGCUGGUCUACAAUCAGUGGUUAAAUGUCUGAGUGUGAAUACAAGGUAUGUGUGCCUGUAAAACUUUAUGACAAGUUUGUUUCAUGUCCAAAGGUUCAAGCACUGACUUUUUUUCUACUUCCCUAUUUCAGUUAAAGUUUACCUUAUUCUGAUUAUCUGCUAUGUGUUGGCCUGAUCCUGCUGCCCACGCUUGCUGUAUUGAUACAAAGGAAAUUCUUGAGUAAAAAGAGUCCAGACCCACGAUUCAGUUCUUUGUCCAUAUGGCCAUCAGACAAUUGCAGAAAGGCAUGGAGCCUAUUUCCAGUGCCUGGGGCAGGAACACAGAGAAAGUUCUGCCAUGUCAUGUGGACAGUGAGGCCGUCAGUGUCUCCCCAACAAGCAAAAAAGACAUAGCUACAGUGAAAGCUUUAACAGAUAUCCAGUACAUUGCAACACAUGAUAUGACAUCCCAGACAGAAAAUACUCCACUGGCUGCAAGUGUUUCUAAGAAAGGACAGCUGGUAUUUGGUGGGAAAGAGCAACGAGUCCCUCCUGUACCAUCACUGGAUCUACAGACCUCAGGAACCCCCCCUAUUCAAUCACUGUACAGGAAGCAAACACCGCUAUGCAGCCCUGUGGAGUCACCUUCUAAACCACUAUUGUCAGAUGAGACAGAUGCACUGCUGACACCAAAGCUCAAAAAUACAUCUUACUUUACUAGUUAUGUAACCUUGGACAUGUUUGAAACUGGCAAACACACAACCAAGUUACUUCUUUGACACAAUGGUCAAGUUUUUGACUUCAUGUCUUGUGCUAAUAAUAAUAAUAUUUUCAAUAACUCUAUUACUGUGUGUCAUUACUACAAAUGUGAUGUGUAUAUUUAGAGUAUUCAGAACAUCCAGUAACCAGUAAUAACCAGAAUUACAUUCUUUUCACACACGAGUUAUUUGCCAAGUAGAGGGUGUUUUUGGAUCACCAAAGAAGUCAUCCGACAUUUAUAUAGCAUCAUACAGUGACUGAAGUGCUGCCCAAGUUAACUAGGUAAUUAGUUUGGUAAUGUCAUGCUACAUUAAAGUAGCUGUCCAGCAUCCCAAAUGCCUCACUGUUAAUAUCAUAAAGCAAUUAACAGUGAGGUAUAGUUUAUAGCCUGGCACUAUUUCCAUAACAUAUCCUAAAAAAAUGUUCCCAGAUAUUAGAUAUUCCCAGAUAUUAGAUAUUAUUAGAUAUAUAUAAUUGUUUAGUUACUUAACUAGCUAGGUUAAUAUGUUAUAUUAUACUCCAUGGCCAGUGAAGUUCCAUACUAAAAGAUCCAAUUAUCUGCUAGCUAUCUGCACAGUGAAUGAUAGCUAUCAUAACUUAAUAGUAUUGUUACUUCACAAGCAAAGUGCACUGCUUAACUGUGUAAUUUAUAAGCAGUACUUGAUUUUAUUAUGCAGUGAUUUUAUUACAUACAGCCAAAAAAAGGUUACUACUAGAGAUGGCACUGACCUGAUACCCAGGAGCGAUGUUGGGGCAAUACCAGCAAAAAACGUUGCAUCGGAUGUCAGAGGAAAAAAAUGUGAUUCGAUCCAGAAUUGGGUUUUGAAAGAAUAUUUUUGGAACUGUAAAUGUUUAGAUAUACAAAGUCAUGUAUAUAUGUAUUUUUUUUGUUAAGAUUGAUUUUUAUUAUAGUCAUACAUUAUACUUUAUUAGAAUUGCAACGUGAUUUUUUUGUGUGAAAGCUGUGGUUUUGUUCAAGUUAUAUUUUUAGCUGUGGAUUUUGUACUGUAAUUUUGUUUUUGUACUAAUAAAUCCUGAUUAAGUCCUGUUAA